AUGAAGGUCCCUAAAGCCGGGCGCCCUCUUGCAAAAUGCCCUCACCCGAAAGGAACAUGUAGCUGCCAGAAGACAUAUGCUGUGAUGAUUCGCAUUCCGAAAGGCUCAUCUUGCUUGUGUCGGCCACUCUAUGAAGUGCCUAUGGAUGCCAAUGAAUCCACCCAGUCCCCGACACCAUCCAUGAUUUCAACGUCAUCGCCAGCUCCGGGCAAAGUUCAGAAGUCCGGGAGAAGACAGAGCACCAUGCAAGCAGCGCCUGAGAACAUUGCACGAGCCUUAGAGUCUAUGCCAAAUAAUCUCAAGUUUGAGGAUGGAACACCCAACUUUUUGUCAAGUUUCCCGUUGCAGUCAAAGUUAGAUGCAUCAUACGCAUCCCCUACUGCUUCGCAACCCGCCCAGGCGCGAUCUCCCCCCCAAACCUGCCAGGCAAGACUCGCAGUCCCCACCAUACAGGAUUCGACCCCGGCCCCGGCCCCGACCCCAUCCGAGCACAACGAACCUGACAAGCAACAAUUCCAGCAACCUGCUGCUUGGGAUAGUCAUUCUUACAUGCAAUUUGCCGACCCCCAAAUGACUUCAUGGCACAACCCGACAGUGAAUACGCCUGGGAAGUAUGUGCCCUCAGUCAUGCAAGCGCAUCACCACCCACAAUUUUCACAAAACGGGUAUGGUGAAAUGCUGCCGCCACGCUCUCAGCCACAAAUCUCCCACAACGGGGUGUCCCUCAAUGUAACGUCACCGCAGUCCAUGUCCUACCAUAAUACAAUGAAGGGACUUGGAAUCACAGAGCCUUCCAUGGACCCAUUUGUGUUUGACAACCUCCAGUCUUCCUACGUUGGCGCACCAGGUGGGGACCCUUGCCACGAGUGUAGCUGCGGGGAAGAUUGCCAGUGCUUGGGAUGUGCAGCUCAUCCUUUCAAUACGACGACUCGAAAGCAUGUUCAAGAAAUGGGUACCAUGAUCACGUUCAACGGCGACGACAUAAACUCCGAAGCUAUCAACACCUAUCAACCCUCCCCCUUCCAAAGCUCGACGCCUUCGAAUCAGUUCCCUUAUUUUAUGCAAAACACACCGUCUGUGGAUCAUACUUUCCAACCGAAUCCAUUCAAUGGUUAUUCGGAACCCAGCUCCAACUUACCUAGCGGGUACUCCUCUCCUCUGUCGACGAACCACCAUAUGAGCCAGCAAUUGAUGCAUCCCUCAGAGUAUUAUACCUUGGAAUAUCCUGUCGGACUGCCAAGCGCCUGCUCCGACAUUACAGGCAGCUGCCAGUGCGGCAGUGAUUGCAGCUGUGUCGGGUGUCUCACGCAUAGCGGCCACAACGGCUUCUCUUUGGACAUGCCCAUUCCCCAGCAUCAUGUUCCUGACACAGCAGAUCAACAAAAUUCGCCCCAUGCCCCGCAAGCAAGCUCCGCUACCACUCAAUCUUCACGGAUUCCUGUGCUAGACGGCAUGUCUGUACCAUGCUCGAGUCCGCGCACAUUGGAGACUUCCAUGAUCUAG